GCCGCGUCGCCGCUCCGGUCCCUGCACCCGGAGUCGCCGAGAGCCGGCCGGCGACCCGCAUGGAGCCCCGCGCGGCGGACGGUUACUUCUUGGGCGACGUGGGUUUCUGGGUGGAGCGUACCCCAGUGCAUGAGGCUGCCCAGAGGGGUGAGAGCCUGCAGCUACAGCAGCUGAUUGAGAACGGCGCCUGCGUUAACCAGGUCACGGUGGACUCCAUCACCCCCCUGCACGCGGCCAGUCUGCAGGGCCAGGCGCGGUGCGUCCAGCUGCUGUUGGCGGCUGGUGCUCAGGUGGAUGCCCGCAACAUUGAUGGCAGCACCCCUCUCUGUGAUGCCUGUGCUUCAGGCAGCAUUGAGUGUGUGAAGCUGUUGCUGUCCUAUGGGGCAAAGGUCAACCCUCCUCUGUAUACAGCGUCCCCAUUGCACGAGGCCUGCAUGAGUGGGAGUUCUGAAUGUGUGAGGCUUCUUAUUGAUGUUGGGGCCAAUCUGGAAGCACACGAUUGCCAUUUUGGGACCCCUCUGCAUGUGGCCUGUGCCCGGGAGCAUCUAGACUGUGUCAAAGUGCUGCUCAAUGCAGGAGCCAAUGUGAAUGCAGCCAAACUUCAUGAGACUGCCCUUCAUCAUGCAGCCAAGGUGAAGAACGUUGACCUCAUUGAGAUGCUCAUUGAGUUUGGAGGCAACAUCUAUGCCCGCGACAACAGGGGGAAGAAACCAUCCGACUACACAUGGAGCAGCAGUGCCCCAGCCAAGUGCUUUGAGUACUAUGAAAAGACACCUCUGACUUUAUCUCAGCUCUGCAGAGUGACCUUGAGGAAGGCAACUGGAGUUCGAGGGCUGGAGAAAAUCGCCAAGUUAAACAUCCCUCCCCGGCUCAUCGACUACCUUUCCUACAACUGAGCUGUAGGAAGAGGGCCGGGCAGACUGAUCACUCACCUAGCCUCAGGAGGCCGGUGUCCUGGGGCAUGGUUGUGGAUGUGACCCUGUGCUAUUUUUCUGGAACUGAUGCGUCAUUCCAGCAUAGGAGUAACCCCUCAAUUUUCUGCUUUUCACUGACUCCCUCUAAGGAAUGGUCAGGACAGAUGUCAAGGAGCCGGGCUGGAGACUGAGGGGCACGGUGGUUGAGUUUUGUAUGUUUGGGUUUCAUGCUGCAGAAAUACGAGGUCCCAGUCAUGCGUGGCCUGGAAUGGCCACACUGUGGACAUUCUGCUAUCUAGGCACCCUUUCUGAGGUACCAGUUAGCA